GUCAGCCCGCGUAUUGGUCUGUUAAAUAAUAUGCCUUUUGUGAUCCCAUUUGAGGAUCGCGUUAAGAUUUUCAAGGCUUUUGUGGAUAAUGAUCGCAAGCGAAAUUCGAUUGAUGAUUUUAUGGGUCGAGCACCUUCUGUAACCAUUCAUCGUAACAAUGUACUAGAGGAUGGUUUUACUCAGCUUUAUCCUUUGGGUGCUAAUCUCAAGAAGCGUAUAGCUAUCUCGUUUGUUGAUGAAUUCGGACUUCUAGAGGCAGGAAUUGAUGGUGGCGGUGUGUUUAAAGAAUUUUUGACAUGUCUUGGGCAUGAAGCUUUUGAUACAAAUUAUGGUCUAUUCCUGGCUACUCCUGACCAGCUUCUUUACCCUAAUCCUUCAGCUCUUAUAUCUAAUGAGUCUUUGGCGGAAAAGCUAGUAUUCUAUGAGUUCCUCGGACUGAUUAUCGGAAAGGCUUUGUAUGAAGGCAUUUUAUUGGACGUGGCGUUUGCAGAAUUCUUUUUGAAGAGAUGUCUUGGAAAAGUCAAUUACUUGGACGAUCUUCCGUCUUUGGACCCCGAACUUUACAAAGGGCUUAUUGAAGUAAAAAACUUCCAGGGAAAUGUAGAAGACCUUUGUCUUGACUUUAGCUUGGCAGAGACUGCUGAUGGAAAAUCCAAGGUAAUCGAGCUUAUUCCAGGGGGAAGUGAUAUUGCAGUGACCGAAAAGAACCGCAUUCGUUACGUGCAUCUGGUGGCAAACUACAGACUUAAUGUUCAGAUUGCUAAACAAUGUAAAGCUUUCUUUCGUGGACUUUCAACUAUUGUUGAUAUCAAAUGGUUGCGCAUGUUUAACGAGAGAGAAUUGCAGAUUCUCUUAGGCGGUGCUUCUGUUCCUAUUGACAUAGAAGAUCUCCGCCGACACACUGUUUACGCAGGUUACCGUGAAAAUGAUCCAACAGUAAAGGAUCUUUGGAAAGCCCUUGAGAGCUUUGAUAAUACACAACGUAUGAAGUUCGUCAAGUUCGUUACAUCUUGUUCUCGACCACCACUCUUGGGUUUCAAAGAACUGCGACCACAACUAUGUAUCCGUGAAGCAGGGUCGGAUAGCGGGCGCUUACCUACCAGCUCUACAUGCGUAAACUUAUUAAAACUACCCAAGUUUGCAAGUUACAAUAUAUUACGACAAAAACUACUUUAUGCGAUCAAUGCCGAUGCUGGAUUUGAUCUAUCUUAA